AUGUGUCAUCGGCAGUUGAUCACCUCCUGGUUUUCCCUGGUGAUGCUGGUGUCUCCCCUCGUGGCCAUCUGGGAACUGAAGAAAGAUGUUUAUGUCGUCGAGUUGGACUGGCACCCUGAUGCUGCUGGAGAGAUAGUGGUUCUCACCUGCGACACUGCUGAGGAAGAUGGCAUCACAUGGACCUCAGACCAGAGGGGUGAGGUUGGCUCUGGUAAAAACCUGACCAUCCGAGUGAAAGAGUUUAGAGACGCCGGACCCUACACCUGUCACAAAGGAGGCAAGGCUCUGAGCCAUUUGCUCCUGCUACUUCACAAAAUGGAGGAUGGAAUUUGGUCCACUGACAUUUUAAAGGACCAGAAAGAACCCAAAAGCAAGACCUUUCUGAAAUGUGAGGCGACAAGUUAUUCUGGACGUUUCACCUGCUGGUGGCUGACAGCAAUCAGUACUGAUGUGACAUUCACUGUCAAGGUCAGCAGGGGCUUCUCUGACCCCUCCGGAGUGACUUGUGGAGCAGCAACACUGUCCUCAGAGAGGGUCAGAGUAGACCACAGAGAGUAUAAGAAGUACUCAGUGCAGUGUCAGGAGGACAGCUCCUGCCCCGCCGCAGAAGAGAGGCUACCUAUUGAGGUGGUGAUGGACGUUAUUCACAAGCACAAAUACGAAAAGUACAUCAGCAGCUUCUACAUCAGAGACAUCAUCAAACCAGACCCACCGAAGAACCUGCAGCUGAAGCCAUUGAUGAAUUUUCCUCAGGUGGAGGUCAGCUGGGAGUAUCCUGACACCUGGAGCACACCACAUUCCUACUUCUCCCUUAGAUUUGCAGUUCAGGUCCAGAACAAGAAAGGGACGCCGAAAGAAAGACUCUUAACUGACAAGACCUCAGCCACAGUUUCAUGCCGCAAGAAUGCGAAGGUGUACGUGCAAGCCCAGGACCGCUACUACAGCUCAUCUUGGAGCGAAUGGGCCUCUGUGUCCUGCAAUUAGGUUCCAAUCCCAGAAUGCAAUUUCAGAGGAGAAAUGGAAGAGAUUAGGCAAAAGAUCCUAAAGCCAUGAUCGAGGAG